ACCAGCCAGCAACACCUCAGGCUCCCAUUCGGUUUUGGAAAGAAUAGAAGAUGCCGCCUCCUACGAAACGUCGGCGAACAGAGCCGACCGUGGUGGAAGAAAUCACAUUCGACCCCAGUGCACGGCAAGAAUAUCUCACUGGUUUCCACAAGCGCAAACUUCAGAGGGCGAAACAUGCACAAGCGGCUGCGGAGAAGACAAUGCGGGAGGAAAGGCUCGCAGCGCGCAGAAAGCUACGAGAACAACGAAAAGCGGACUUGGAACGACACGUGCAAGAAGUAAAUGCGCUUCUGAAGCCACUCACGGCCUUGGACAGCUCGGAGGAAGAAGAUCAGCACUCGAGACCGGAGGAAGACUGGUCGGGUCUAUCUGAUCCGGAGCCGGAGCCAGUCGAUCAUGAAGCAGAGUACAUCGACGAAGACAAAUAUACCACCGUCACGGUAGAGGCCAUGGACGUGAGCCGCGAAGGACUUUACAAGGCCGAGCAGGACGACAGCGAAGAGAAAGACCAGUCGAAAGAAGCGGAGGACUCUAAGCAACAAGACCCCCCGCCAGAGGAGAAGAAGAAACGCCCAUGGGCCAAGGACAAACCAAAAGACGGUACAGACAAACCUAGGAGGAAAAGGAAGAGAAACUUCAGGUACGAAAAUAAGACCGAAAGAAAGAUGUCAAGGUCGAAACAGAAGGCCAGAAACCAUAAGCAGGCACGAGAACGGAAAAGUGAAUGAUCAAUC